CACAUGGAUCACAGUAUCACACUUUUAAUUGGUCUCUAGACUUGAAAAGCUUUCUCAAACUCUUUCAUAUCCAGCAAUAUAUUUUUCCUUGCGUAACACAACUAAUGCAAAGGUCAAGAAACACCGCAACACCACCACCUUCUGCCGCCGCCUCCCUCCCACCCCACAGCAAAAUGUCGCUGAAUAAAGAUAAAGAAGAAUUCAUUUUCCGGUCUAAACUUCCAGAUAUUUACAUACCAAACCAUCUUCCAAUUCAUACGUAUUGUUUUCAGAACAUAUCAAAACAUAGCACAAGGCCAUGCAUCAUCAACGCCGCCAACGGCGAAGUAUUCAGCCAAGCCGAUGUCAAACUCACCGCUGGUAAAGUCGCCGCCGGACUCAACAAACUCGGCAUCCAACAGGGCCAAGUUAUAAUGUUAUUACUCCAUAACUCGCCGGAAUUCGUGUUCGCUUUUCUCGGAGCAUCAUAUAUCGGAGCAAUAACGACCACUGCCAAUCCACUUUACACUCCGGCGGAGAUUGAAAAACAAGCCACCAUAUCCAAACCGUACCUCAUAAUCACCCAUGCCAUUUACGUUCAGAAAGUGAAGAACUUUGCUCAACAAAAUGGUGUAAAAAUCUUUUGCAUUGAUCCCCCGCCGGAAAGUUGUUUCCACUUCUCCGAACUGACUCAGACCGAUGAAAACUCCAUCCCAUCAGUCAACGUCCACCCGGAUGAUAUGGUCGUGCUUCCAUUUUCCUCCGGCACCACCGGCUUCCCAAAAGGCGUGAUGUUAACACAUAAAAACCUAGUAACCUGCGUGUCCCAACAGGUUGAUGGAGAAAACCCUACUCUGUGUGUUCAACCUGAGGACCUCACCAUUUGUGUGCUGCCAUUGUUUCAUGUUUACUCGCUUAUUACAGUUAUGCUUUGCACUCUUCGAGUGGGUUCUGCAAUUCUUAUAAUGCAGAAGUUUGAGAUCAAUGCGUUAAUGGAAAAUGUGCAGAAAUAUAAGGUGACAAUUGCGCCAUUUGUGCCGCCAAUACUUUUGGCCAUAGCCAAAAGUCCGGUGGCCGACAGGUUUGAUCUUUCAUCUGUAAGACGGGUGGUGUGUGGUGCGGCUCCCAUGGACAAGAACCUCGAAGAUGCAGUCAGAAGGAAGCUACCCAAUGCCAAAAUUGGGCAGGGCUAUGGUAUGACAGAGGGUGGGGUGGUAUCAAUGUGUUUGGGAUUUGCCAAAGAAGCAUUCCAAUUCAAAUCGGGUUCAUGUGGAACUGUCAUUAGGAACGCCCAGAUGAAAAUUAAUGAUCCCCAAACAGGCCUCUCUCUUCCAUAUAAUCGAGCUGGGGAAAUUUGGAUUAGAGGAGAUCAGAUUAUGAAAGGUUAUUUGAAUGACCCGGAGGCCACGAAGAGAACAAUAGAUAGAGAGGGAUGGAUGCAUACCGGUGAUAUUGGGUAUGUGGACGAAAAUGAAGAAUUAUUCAUUGUGGACCGAUUGAAGGAACUGAUCAAAUAUAAAGGGUUCCACAUAGCUCCUGCAGAACUUGAAGCAUUAUUAAUUGUUCAUCCCAGUAUUUCAGAUGCUGCAGUUGUACCUAUGAAUGACGAUGCUGCAGGAGAAGUCCCGGUGGCAUUCGUGGUUCGAGAAAAUGGUUCCAAAAUCUCCGAGGAACAUAUUAAGCAAUAUAUCUCAACGCAGGUGGUGCCUUAUAAGCGUAUUAAUCGUGUGUUUUUCAUAGAUGAAAUUCCAAAAGCUCCCUCUGGUAAAAUUAUACGAAAAAUUCUACGGGCAAGGAUUUAAGCAUGGUGUACAUUGUUCGUAUUCCACAAGAUUGCAUCUAUAAUUAUAAGUGUAAUUAACGUUUUAGCUUUGUCAAAAAAUUUGUGUAAGUUCCAAACUCAGCAUUGCGGUGGUUGAUAAACAAAAGUAAUUUAUUGUUGUAUUUA